AUGAAAAAAAUAGAGGCAUAUGAUAUGACAAUAAUUGGAUCUAGAAAUAAAAUAAAUUAUAUUUCUUUUGAUGUUACUAUUUGUUAUUUUGUCAAUGUUAAUGAAAAUAAAAUUAUCAGUGGUAAGUAUUGUAAGGUGUGUAUAAAAAGUAAAGAAGAAUUUCUGAAUACAUUAAAGAUUUUUGUUACAACAAAUCUUUAUAGACUUCUUAUCAAAGAGUGUUGUAAUUUUAAUAUUUUUGACAUGCUAUGUGAUUCUUUUAAAUCAAAAUCAAAUAUUAAAUUAUUAUUUAUUUACAAACUUGAAGAUAAAGAUAUCAAAUUUUUUGAAUCAUUUAUGAAACGAUUAGCUAAAGUAAAAAUACUAGAAAUUCUUAAAAUCUCCACUUUAAAAAAAGUAGAAAAAUCACUUCCAUCUAUAAAUUUAUCAACAACAACAUUUGAAAGUGUCAACUUUUCAGAAAGUAAAAACACAAAAUUUUUAAACUUAAAAUUUAUAGUAGAACUUUCUAAAAACAAUCCAAGAUUAAGAAAUUUUUUAUUUUCCUCCAAAAAUGAUCAUUUUUUGGAGACAACUCUUAUAUGGUUUUUCUUUAAACAACAAUUAGACAAUACUAAAAUAUGUAAUCACAAUGAUAUUAGUCUUUCAUUAUAUAAUACACCAAAUAAUAAGAACAAAUUAAUUAAUACUCUUAAUAGUAUUGUUUUUCGCCUUCCUGGAAUUAUUGAAUAUCAAAUGUAUUUUACUUCAAAAGGUAAUUUAAAAUAUAAAAUAACAAAAAAUUGUACAAUAUGUAAUACAUCACUUAUUAAUAUGAAUGUUACAUUAAUUUGUAAUAGAAAAAUAUUAAGUAAAUUUUAA